GUGACAGAUAGCGGAUCCUGUCUGUCCCGGACUCGCCGUACAGUAGAUGCCAAGAUGGCUGCAAGCAAUUAUUAUGGAUUCACGCAUGGUGCGGGUCCUCAGUACAGCGUUCAGCCUCCACCGGCCUACGCCCACCCCACGACAGCCAGCUACAAUGUACAGCCGGCCCCUGCCGUGGCCCAUGCAGUGACCGCCUCCUAUGCCCCUGCACAACCAGCCAGGCCCGUGGCCUCUGCCUACCCGGUGGCCUACCAGAACCACCCUGCCCCCCCAGACUAUGGCUACCGGCAGCCGGACCCCACGCCCCAACCCACCACCACCCCACAGACAUACCAGCUACCGGUAUACACCGAAACGGAUAACUACAGUUACGGACGUCCGCCUGCAGCCACUAGUUAUGAGACUAAGCAGUACUACCAGACGAGUAUAGCUCCAGCCCAGAGGACACCAACAGAAGCUUACUACCAGACAGGCGUGAAGAGUGGCUACAGUCCAGUCAGCACAGUGUACAGCCAGCCGCCACCACCACAGAGGCAGGUCUCAGCUUUAAAGCCUCUGGCCCCCGCCAGCUCAGUGUCCACUAGCUACAACGUCUACCCAGUGUCCACCAGUGUACAGCAGCCUCCCAUCUCGUCUUACACCCCCUGCUCCUCCUUCAACUCCACAGCUGCCACCUCCUACUCGGGCGUCAGCUACUCUACUUAUGAUUCGAGUGGCUACACUUCCACCCCCUCCUACUACCAGCCUGCUCAGCUGCCUCCUCCUCAGCCCCAGCCGCCCCCCCAGCAGUCCCAGCCGCCCAUGCAGCCGCCUCCCAAGCAGCUCACCAGCUCCUCCUGGAGCAACGCAGGCAGCAACAUGGUGACCGCUCCCACGGUCAACGCCUACAAGAAGCCCAUGUUCCACCAGAACAAGCUUCAGAAGCCGAAAGGGCCGCCCAAGCAGCCCCAGUUGCACUACUGUGACAUCUGCAAGAUCAGCUGUGCUGGCCCGCAGACAUACAGGGAGCACCUCGAGGGCCAGAAGCACAAGAAGAAGGAGGCAGCUCUGAAGUCUGGCAGCGCGGGGGGGAGCAACGGGCCCCGGGGGAUUCAGACCCAGCUACGCUGUGAACUAUGUGACAUUGCCUGCACUGGCGUAGACGCGUACGCCGCCCAUAUCCGAGGGGCCAAGCACCAGAAGGUGGUGAAGCUCCACACCAAACUAGGCAAACCUAUACCUUCAACUGAGCCUGUUUUAGUGAACAAUGCUCCAAUUAUCUCAACGUCGACAGCUGGGAAGACAACCCCUAUCGUUGUUACAGCAACUGCCCCUGUAGCGCUACCCAAACCGGUGGUUGUAAACGCCGUAAAGGCCCCAGCACCUGUGAAGAAGCCAGUCACACCCAAAAUAACCAUCCUUGCCAACAAGCCGGCAACCCCUCAAGUAGCCAAGGUGAAUGAGGCCAAGCAGUCAGCAACAGCGUCUAAGAGUGAGACCACGAGUGACGAUGAGGACGGAGAUGGAGUGGGGAGGCAGGGGGACGUCCAGCCUGUGGGACAUGACUAUGUGGAGGAGGUGCGUAAUGAUGAUGGGAAGGUGAUUCGCUUCCACUGUAAACUCUGUGAAUGCAGUUUCAAUGACCCCAACGCUAAAGACAUGCACUUGAAGGGGCGCAGGCACCGGCUGCAGUACAAGAAGAAGGUGAACCCAGAGCUGCCGGUGGAGAUCAAGCCCAGUAACCGGGCCAGGAAGCUGCAGGAGGGCAAACUGAGGAAACAGAAACAGAAGGCUGUGCUGAAGAGACAGCGGGAUGAUGAGCAGCGCUGGCACUUGGAGAUGAGGUCAGAGCCAGACAGCAGCUGGCACACAGAGAUGAGCCGCUAUGAGGAGGACAUGUACUGGAGGAGGAUGGAGGAGGAGCAGUUGUACUGGGGGGAGCAGAGACACAGAAUGGCCCCCCCUCCGCUCAUGAGCCGGCCCGGCAUGCCAGUGCCCCCCCUACUGCAGCCUAUGCGUCGGCCGGACUCCCCAGACGACCGCCACAUCAUGGCCAAACACUCCACCAUCUACCCUGUGGAGGAGGAGCUGCAGGCGGUGCAAAGGAUCGUCUCCCACACUGAGAGAGCCCUCAAACUGGUGUCUGACUCCCUGCUGGAGAAAGAGCCUCCCGCUGCUGUGACAGAGGCUGUGACAGAGGCUGUGACAGAGGCUGUGACAGAGGCUGUGACAGAGGCUGUGACAGAGGCUGUGACAGAGGCUGUGACAGAGGCUGUGACAGAGGCUGUUGCUGGAGAGAAAGUACCGGACAACCAGGCAGCCCGUAUGCUGAAGGGGGUGAUGAGGGUGGGCAUCCUGGCCAAGGGCCUGCUGCUCCAUGGGGAUAGGAACGUGGAGCUCAUUCUGCUGGCUGCCAAGAAGCCCACCCUCUCUCUGCUGAAGGACAUCGCUGAGCAGCUACCCAAAGAAAUGGCGCCAUUUUCUGAAGAUCAGUAUGAGGUGAUGUCUCACCCUGAGGAAGCCAACAUCGUGAUUUUUUCGAGCAAGGAGCCAAAAAUGCAGGUCACCAUCUCUCUAACCUCGCCGCUGAUGAGGGAGGACCCUGCCCCUGAGAAGGAGGAAAAGGCAGGAGACAAAGCGGCUGAGAAAGGGGUGCCUGAGAAGGACCCUGCUGAUGUUUUGAACCAGAAGAAGUGCCUGGAGUACCUAGCUGCUCUGAGACACGCCAAGUGGUUCCAGGCUCGUGCCAAUGGUCUUCAGUCCUGUGUGAUCAUUAUUAGAGUGUUACGGGAUCUCUGCCAGCGAGUGCCAACCUGGGGCAAGAUGCCAUCCUGGGCUAUGGAGCUGCUGGUAGAGAAGGCCAUCAGCAGUGCCACGGGGCCCCUCGGCCCAGGGGAAGCCAUGCGUAGGGUCCUGGAAUGUAUCGCUACAGGCAUCCUACUGCCAGACGGUCCUGGGCUGCUGGACCCCUGUGAGAAACACCAAACCGAUGCUCUAGGGAGCAUGACCAAACAAGCCAGGGAAGACAUUACUGCCAGCGCACAGCAUGCUCUGCGACUGCUGGCGUUCCGUCAGAUCCACAAGGUUCUGGGAAUGGACUCCCUGCCGGCGUCCAAGGCCAGCGCUCGGAACCGCAAGCGCAGACGGGACGGGAGCGAGACGGGAGAAGGAGAGGGGGAGGGCAAGAAAGACAAGAAGGAGGAUGCAGAAGAGAUGGAUGCUUGAUCUCUGACAGAGCAGCAUUAGCUUGGAUGACCGUCUGGUUCUGCUUCUAAUGCUGGCAUGAGAAUGAUAGAGUAAAACAGAAACAUAUCGCCACCCAGGCUAGAGCAGGUUAGUAGUCUAUACAGGCAGAAUGUCACAUCCUUUACGUUUCUUUUUAAAUUCUCAAUCUAUAUGAAUAUAACUGACUUAGUCGUAACAUUUCUGUCUCCCCUAGAGGGAAUGGGAGGGGAAAGGUAAAGAUUAUUUACUGUAAUUCUCUCCCAUGCACACUGUACUGUAACGUACUGUAGAUGUACUUCAAAUCGUGCUGAAAAUUGACUCUUCAAAUCGUGCUGAAAAUUGACUUUAACGUCACUGACUGACUGAAGUUUCUAGGAGCUAAUGACUGAUAGCCUGAUCCCAGAUUUUUAUGUGCUUCAUGACAACGAUUGUCAGAGGAGUUUGCUGAAGCACAUACUGAUCUGGAACAGGCUAAAUGAUUGCAUCAUUCCAUUUCCCGAAUAUUUGCCCACUCAGCUUCUGAAGCCCUCCCAUUUACAGUACCUGUACCAACCACUGUUCCUUACAUUGUUUUCUAUGUACUGUAAGGACUGUUUCAUAGAAGCCUACAUUUUAAUGAAGAACUUGUAGCUUUUUCGCCCUGCUAUUCUUAUUGAAGAGAAGCUUUAAUCCUUUACUGUACAGGCCAGUUAUCAUAUACUGAAGACUGCAGGAGUUCCUCAUUUAGGUGCAUGUAUUGAAAUUAGUUUUGUGGAAUAGGAUGGGUUUUGCUGAUGGGUCUAACCCUAAUGUCUCGUCCAAAACUGAGAUUUGCAAUAUGAUUAGGAAAAAGUGGUAUGUCAUGGAAUGAAGGGUACCGUAACAGUUUUCCUUGGGUUGGGUUUAUUUUCAUCCUGCCGACAGCUAGCAGCACCCAAGUAAUCAUCACUUCAGAGCGCAGCUGCACAGGAACAGAUCAUAAUGCCCAUGGUCAAUUUGGUUUGACAUUUGAUAUCACUAGUUGGGGACCAUCAGUAAAUUACACAAUGUACAUGGGACAAC